CGUAAAGAUCGACUUAAUUCGUCCUCCGACAAGAGUUUGGCAAUACACGAGGGGCUCUUGGGGCGACUCCCGCCCCCUCCGCUCCCCACCCCGCCAGCGGGAUGUAGGGCUGAGCCAUAGAGAUGUAUGUAGAGAUCAACACCGGCUGACGGCUGUUUUCCACGAAGAACAAAUACUUCGCGGGACUCUAUGGUGCCCCAGUCGCCAUGGCGUCGCUGGGUAAUGUUGCAGCUUUGAUUUUGGUAGCCAUUCUUUGGGGAACAACCAAUCCAUUUCUGAAAAGAGGAACUGAGGGUCUGGAACGGGUAAAGAGAGAAAGCAGAUUUCAGCAGAUGCUGGCUGAAAUAAAGUUCCUUUGCCUGAAUUACAAGUAUAUGUUACCAUUUAUACUAAACCAGUGUGGCUCAUUCAUCUACUAUAUCGCAUUAGCAUCCACAGACCUAACCUUGGCUGUGCCUCUUUGCAAUUCCUUGGCCCUGGUCUUCACAAUCGCAACAGGGAAAGUUCUUGGGGAAAACAUAGGUGGCACAAGGGCCGUUCUGGGGAUGCUCCUGACAGUCUUGGGCAUUGCCAUCUGCAUAGUUGCAUCUGCGCGCAAACAUCCAUGAGGUCUCCAAGGAAGAGGGGAAAUUCUGUGGAAAACCGUUCUCAUCUGUACAACUGCUUAUACCACUCUCAAGAGUUGCAGCACGGGGUAAACAACCCCUGGCUCCACGUUAGAGAGAGCACGGUUUUUCAUAGCCUGGCCAUCGCUUCUUCAUGCACUUGGAUUCCAGAGACCUGUGUCCCAAGAUCUUGUCUUGAUGUUCCUAUUAACCAGAAACUUUUGAGGACCCCGAGAUUGCUUUAAUGGAAGCAGCAAGAUCAGGAGCCUUUAAGGGGAUACAGAAAGAUCUCAAAAGUGAUAAGGAAUUGCCCAGACAGAUCUGAUUUAAGAGCAGGAUCAAUAGCUACCAUCUAGGAGUGUGUGUGUGUGAAGGAUGAAGCAACAC